UUUUUUUUUUUUUUUUUUUUUUUUUUUUUUAAGCCCUGACGUGGACUCUCUUGGUUCUAGUCUCCGAGUUUUUUCAGAAGGGACUGUCCGGUCUGAGAAGGCCAAGGGAGGGACACAUAGCAACUUCCGUUUCCUUCUAGGCCGCGGCCCGCCGCCCAGCGGAGUUGUUUUCCUGAUCCGGGCUCGGGCUGCCCCUCCUCUAGGACCCUCCCCUCGGGAACUGUCGCCUUCGGCUGUUAGGACUGGAGUGCUUGGCGUGGUGGGUACAGCUCUUGUGGGUUUCCUCUCCUCCCCUCCCCUCCCCUCCUUCUCUGCUCUUCUUUCCCUCCACCUCCUUCCUCCCUCCUCUUUUCCCCUCCUGCUCCUUCCCUCUCCCCCUCCCUCCUUUUCCUUCCCUCCUUUUCAACCCCCCUCCCGCCUGAGCUAGGUCUGCCUAGUUGGGCCGGAUGGCCGCGCCCGCCCGAGGGAUAUACAGCACUGGGCUCCUUGUCCAGGUUCCCGGGAUUGCCCCUCGAAGCCAUGGGGUAGGGUGGCUGGCUUCAAGCCUUCAGGUCAGCCUUCUUAAACUUCGUGAUACAAAGAUUGUUCCUUGACCAACAGAAGUUGAAAGCAAAAGUAACUUCAAUUAACAUCUGUAAAUAGAAUGUUUCUUCAGCUAUUCUCUUGCUGGCAGUUUUGGAAAAGGUGGACAAGUCCUAUUUUCAAGAGAAGAUGACUUUUAACGGUUUUGAAGGAUCUAAAACUUGUGUGCCUGCAGACUCCAAUAAGGAUGAAGAAUUUGUAGAAGAAUUUAAUAGAUUAAAAACAUUUGCUAACUUUCCAAGUAGUAGUCCUGUUUCAGCAUCAACACUGGCUCGAGCAGGGUUCCUUUAUACUGGUGAAGGAGAUACCGUGCAGUGCUUUAGUUGUCACGCAUCAGUAGAUAGGUGGCAAUAUGGAGACUCAGCUGUUGGAAGACACAGGAAGAUAUCCCCAAAUUGCAGAUUUAUCAAUGGCUUUUAUUUUGAAAACAGUGCUACACAGUCUACAAAUCCUGGUAUCCAAAAUAGCCAGUACACGGAUGAAAAUUUUGUGGGAAACAGAAAUCAUUUUGCUCUUGACAGGCCAUCUGAGACUCAUGCAGAUUAUCUUUUGAGAACUGGACAGGUUGUAGAUAUGUCAGACACCAUAUUCCCAAGGAACCCUGACAUGUGUAGUGAAGAAGCCAGAUUGAAGUCAUUUCACAACUGGCCAGACUAUGCCCAUUUAACGCCCAGAGAGUUAGCUAGUGCUGGACUCUACUACACAGGGAUUGAUGAUCAAGUGCAAUGUUUUUGUUGUGGUGGAAAACUGAAAAAUUGGGAACCCUGUGAUCGUGCCUGGUCAGAACACAGGAGACACUUUCCCAAUUGCUUCUUUGUUUUGGGCCGGAAUGUUAAUGUUCGAAGUGAAUCUGGUGUGAGUUCUGAAAGGAAUUUCCCAAAUUCGACAAAUUCUCUAAGAAAUCCAGCCAUGGCAGACUAUGAAGCACGGAUUGUUACUUUUGGAACAUGGAUAUACUCAGUUAACAAAGAGCAGCUUGCAAGAGCUGGAUUUUAUGCUUUAGGUGAAGGUGACAAAGUGAAGUGCUUUCACUGUGGAGGAGGGCUCACAGAUUGGAAGCCAAGUGAAGACCCUUGGGAACAGCAUGCGAAGUGGUAUCCAGGGUGUAAAUAUCUAUUGGAUGAGAAGGGGCAAGAAUAUAUAAAUAAUGUUCAUUUAACCAAUUCUCUUGGAGAAUCUUCGGUAAGAACUGCUGAAAAAACACCAUCACUAACUAAAAGAAUCGAUGAUACCAUCUUCCAGAAUCCUAUGGUGCAAGAAGCAAUACGAAUGGGAUUCAGUUUCAAGGACAUUAAGAAAACAAUGGAAAAAAAAAUCCAAACAUCUGGGAGCAGCUAUCUAUCACUUGAGGUUCUGAUUGCAGAUCUUGUGAGUGCUCAGAAAGAUAAUGCACAGGAUGAGUCAAGUCAGCCUUCAUUGCAGAAAGACAUUAGUACUGAAGAGCAGCUAAGACGACUACAAGAGGAGAAGCUGUGCAAAAUCUGUAUGGAUAGAAAUAUUGCUGUAGUUUUCGUUCCUUGUGGACAUCUGGUCACUUGUAAACAAUGUGCUGAAGCAGUUGACAAAUGUCCCAUGUGCUACACAAUCAUUACAUUCAAGCAAAAAAUUUUUAUGUCUUAAUCCAGCACCACAGUAGGCAUGUUAUGUUCUUCUUACCCUAAUUGAGUGUGUGAUGUGAGCGAACUUUAAGUAAUCAGUAUUGCAUUCUAUUAGCAUCUGCUCCCAAAUGGAAACAAAUGUUAACAUCACUGUUUCAGUCUAAACUUUGUAUUUCUGGAUCUUUCAGUUUAUUAGCUGUAUUAUUUAUCCAAUUUUUUACUCAACUGAAACCUUAGACAAAGAACCUUUUUAUAACUUCUCACAAUCUAUGUUUGUAGUACACUGACUUGAUUUCUAUAUGUAAGUGUAAUUAAUCACCUGCAUUUUCCAUUCCUUUCAGACAAACUUAACAAAUGCAGUGUUCUAUAUAAGCAGAGAGAUUUGAGUUAAUCUGUCCAAUCACUUAAUUUGCUUAUUGUGAACAGGACAUGAACUGUUCCACACUGGUGGGAGGAUAAACAUUCUUUUAUAGAUGUUUGUCUCUGUAUUUUAAGAUUCUAUCCACUUUCUUUUGGAAUUAUAAAUGUGCUUGUAUGAAUGAUUUUUAAGUGAUUUUGCCAUCUCCCAAAAGAUAAUUUAAUAGUAGACUACCAUCUAACCAGCAUGUACUGACAUAGAAAGGCAGCAAAGAUAACAUAAGUAUAAAAUACAAAUGGCAAAAUACUAUGUAUAGUUUGAGCCAAAUCAAGGUGUGUAUAUUUUAUAUCUGUAUAGGACAGAAAGAUUUGGAAAGAUAUGCAUCACACACCUAAAUGUAUUUUUUUUUCUUGAGGGGGUGGGGCAUGGGUCUUAUAGGAGCCUUUCACUUUUUUUCAUUUUGUUCUGUUUGAAGUUUUAUAGGUAUGUAUUACUUUUAUAAUCAGAACUUUUAGGAAAUAUUUUACUGAUUUAAAGGCUUAGGCAUGUUCAAACGUCUGCAAAACUACUUAUCACUCAGUUUUAGUUUUUCUAAUCCAAGAAGGCAGGCCAUUUAACUUUUCUGGUGCCAAUGUGAAGUUUAAAUGUUUUUGUUUUACCUGCUUUGUGGAUGGGAAAUAUCUUUGAGUGGUAGUUUUCUGACAGGUAGACCAUGUCUUAUCUUGUUGCAAAAUAAAUAUUUCUGAUUUUGUAAAAUGAAAUAUAAAAUAUGUCUCAGAUCUUCCAAUUAAUUAGUAAGGAUUCAUCCUUAAUCCUUGCUAGUUUAAGCCUGCCUAAGUCACUUUACUAAAAAUGAUCUUUGUUAACCCAGUAUUUUAAACAUCUGUCUGCUUAUGUAGAUAAAAGUAGAAGCAUGUUUAUAUACUGCUUGUAGUUUUAGUGUCAGCUGUCCACGUCUCAUGUUAUUUUGGUCCUAAAAGUUUCAUGUAGUUUUUACUGUUAGGAUGAUUAAAGUGUAUAUAGUACAAAGUGCUAAGUCUUUGUUUUGUUUGUUUUCUUGACUAGUAAUGGUAGUAAAAAUAUUAAAAAUAUUUUCUCAAGAUCCUUAAAACCUCUUGGAAAUUGUAACAUACUGACAAAAGCAGUUGUUUAAAUACUUUUAACAACUUAGGUAACAAUCAAUAUGAAAAAAAAAAUCAAAAGCUGAAAUGCUUUGUAGAACACAGGAUUUACCUUAAAUGGUUAUCCUGAUAGACCUGUUGUAGAUACUGGUCUAUUUUACUACAGAAGAGAACAGUUCGAGAGUGAAACUGUUACAAUUUAGAUUUUUUGUUGUAUUUUCUAAGAGAAAGAGUAUUGUUAGAUUUUCCUAACCUCUGUUGACUGCUAUGGUAAGUGAUGUUAUUUUAAUUGCAAAUUUAAGUAGAAAUUAACAGAAUUAAGUAAAUAACUGCCUGUUUAAUCUACUUCUUAGCUAAGGAUUCAAGGACUGAAUUAUUUUCAUAUAAGGCUUUUCCUCUUCUGAGAGCCUUAGUUCAUUAAAACUCUUAAAAUCUGUGUGCUCAGAGUUAAGCAAGACCUCUUUUUUUUUUUUCUUCAUGAGUUGCAAAAUUGAAUUCAUGAAGCUGAUGUGGCUAACAAGUUUAUUUUAGGAAUUGUUUAGAAAAUGCUGUUGAUUGGGGUUCUUAAAAUCACAGCACUACAACUCUAAUCAAAAGGUUGGAGACUUACCAGAGUUGGUCUGAGAUCACACUUUAAAAACAAAACAACAAAAAACACUGGAUCCUUUCAAAUACAGUUGUGCAAAAAUUGGUCACUUGGAAGGUCAAAAUAUAAGCAGAUCCAAAUCACCACAUCGGAGAGUUGUAUCUGUGUAUUGAUGCUCUUUUUCUAUAUAAAGCUUACUCUAGGAUUUUGACGUGACCACCUCUUUUUACUACAUAUUGGUCAUGUGAAAUUUGAAGUUAUUUUGUAAUAAAUAGUUAAUUUCAUUUGUAGUUUACUGUGUUAAUCAAAAUUUUUGUGAAAGUGUUUAGUGUUUUGUGAAGAUGUUUUGUGAAAGUUAUUUAUCAAAUAAACUGUUUAUUUGAUAAAUGGCUUAGUAGUAUUCUCUUUCCUCUUAGAUGUUUGCCUCUUCCUUUAAUUAGGGUUAGAGGUAUAAGAUGAGUGUAGUAAGUGAUUAUAAUGUGAUUUAGCUGUGUUGUUAAGAUAUUUUGUUGUUUUUUUAUUUAAAAUGUUUUUUGUUUUAUUUUAGUAGGUAAAAUUUCUAUUUUGAGCUCUCUGAAUGGAAACUGCCACCCUAGCCUUAGCUGCAUGUAUUGUUCCCAUUAGACCUAAAUCAUUGUUUUAUUUCUGAUUACCUAGAUGUUGAAUAAGAGAAGAGGAGAAAUGAAAUAAAUUGUAUGUAAUUGCUGUUAGAGAUAUAAGAAAAUGGAGAAAUAAUUCAACAGAUACCAUUUUAGUCAGAUCUCUCUUUUUUUUUAAGGUAGCCAUCAGUGAAGAAAGGAGCUAGCCAAAUAGGCCUGACAACCUGAGUUCAGAUCCCCAGAACCCACAUAAAAGCUGAGUGCACUAGCCCAAGUAUCUGUAAUCCCAGAAUGCCAACAUAAAACAGGAAAUGGAUAGGAGAAUGUUGUGAAGCUUGGGGUCAACUAAUUUAGCUUAUGUAUUAUGGUAGAGACAACAUAUUAAACAAGGUGGGAAGGUGAAGGCCCACCAACACCCAAAGAUUAUCCUCUGCCUCUGCACAUCUACCAUGGCAGACAGCCACCUACACUCAGACACACAUACAAAAGAGAGAAAAAGAAAACAGCAAAGAUAACUCAGUCAUUAAGAGUACUUGCUGCUUUUUCAGAGAACCAAGUUUCAGUUUCUAACACCCAUAUGGUGGCUCACAACUGCAUGUAACUCCAACGCUGGUACCCUCUUAAGGACCGUAUGGGCAGCCUGCAUCUGUAUACACAUAUACUAUCAUACACGCAUACACAUAAAAAUCCAUAGAGCUUAAACAGAAGUCUUAGGUUAACAUUUACUCGCUAUUACUCAUUUCUCUGGAUGCUUCUUAUGAAAAGCUAUAAAUUGCAAUGAAUAAAUAUUUAAGUUCUUUUUUCAAAAACUAGAAAAAUAUUCUUAUUAAGUUCAGUUGAGUUUUCCUAAUAGAAGCAGUCAUCUUAUUCCCAUCUUAAUAUUUCAAUUUGGCUCUGAAACAUUUAACACAAUGUAUAACUUUCAUCUUUAUACAAUAAGGUCUCAGACUAUCAGAGAAAGAAAUGACCUUAGAGAGUUGCUUAUCUGCACCACCACCACCUGCAUUUUAUCGUUGAAGCAGCUGCUCAAAGGAGAGGUCAUUUGUUCAAAGUUAUAUAGCUAAUUAGUGAUAGAUCCCUUACUAGGGCAUAGUUUGAAGUUGAAAAACCUCAUCGUACCAGCUACUUGUCUGGAAAGUCUCAGAUGUUUAAUUUUUAGCUGUUCAUUCCAUUGUGCUCUAAUUUUCACUGCACAUUGACUGGUGCUUUUAUAAUUGAUACAGUAGGACAACCUCUGAUACUUUGAAAUUAAACAAUAUGACAUUAAUGCUUGAGUGGUGAAGUUGUGUUUUGGAGGCUGAAGUUUGUAGAUGUGAGUGAGUACAGAUGUUUGGUAUUUACUAUGUGCUUAUGUAUUGUUAAUGUAGCAUUUACGAUUCCUGUGUAAGUGUAUUUUAUCACUGUCUAUACCAAUAAACUUGCAUUGUUAAUUUGAUGUAAUAAUUGCUUUAGUGUAAUUUCUGGGGUUUUUUUUGCAUUUUUUUGUUAUUAUAUUUCACCUGAAAGAAGGACCAAUUAAAAAAAAAGGACCAAUUCUAUGGUCAUUAUGUUAGUGUUGUGAAUAAUUAUGUAAAGCAUUCUGGGGCAGAAUAUUAUAUUUGUGAAUGUCAUUUUAUGGCUUCUUUUUUCAUGUAAUUUCCUUUCAUAAUGGAAAUUUAUGAAAAUUGUUUUCUGCUCUAUAAUCUGGCAUUUGUUGUAGAUUAAAGCAUAUUUUUCUGUGAAUAAGACUUAUUCAAUAAAUCACUAUUCUUUAAAAUGA